CGAGUAACUUAUAUGACAAAUUAUGCGCGUACAAGCUAUCGUGUCCAGGUUUAUUCUUUCUCGCAGAGAAUUUAGAGUCGCUUUUAUUAUAACAGAAUGUACGUUUCCACAUCGUUAUCUAUAAGUUCGAAAUUAUAUACGAGGAGAAAACAAGGUCGCGUACUUUUGAAAGUUUAUUUCCGAAGUUAAACGAGGAGUUCAUUAAAAGCAAACAUGGGUACAAAAACAUUGAACGACAUUCAUACAGAUAUAAAACAAUUAAUAACAACAAUGACUUCGUUUGAGGAAAACGAAGAAGGAUUCAGAGUUUGCGAACGAUUUUGUACGAUGAGCAUUAAACACCAUCGAUAUUUGUCUGUUAACAGUAACACCACAAAAGAAGCUAUCAAUGACCUGAUCACAAAGUUUUCCAUUCAUGGAAAAUAUAAUGUAGCAAAAAAAUUCGAAGAGCUUGUAGAUACAUUUUUAUCGAGUUUUGAUUUUGAACAGCAUCCACAAUAUGAUUUACAAUGGUAUUUAUUAACUUUCUUGUUGGAAUUAUCUAAAGAGACUUGUAAAUCAGAUUUGGAAUGUUUAAAGUUAACACGGGGAGAAAAUAUUUUUAAUGCAACAGGUGAAAAUGAAAAUGAAAUUAUAGAAGAAAUUGAUUGGGCCCAAUAUUUAAAAGAGGACCAACAACAUUUUUUCCAUGAUUACAAAAGCGAUACAGAGAGCGAAUGGUCGGAUGAUACAGAAGAUUCUUCUAACUUAAGUACAAAUUUUCAAACACUUACAACCGAUACAAAUACGGCUAAAGCGCUGUGUAUACCAACUGCUAAAGCAGAAUUAAGUAAAUUAUCCGUAGCUUUAAAUGAGGAACUUAAAUCUAGAAACUGGUUAAUGUUAAACAUUCAAAAUACGUGGUGGAACGAAUUGGAACGGUGGGAAUAUCCAGUCAAGAGUAAAUUUUGCGACGCUUAUCUUUGUGAAAUCUGGCGUAAAGCAACCGAGACAGGUUUCUAUUCGCUUGGCACCCUUAGCGAAUAUUUAACGUGCAGGGAAUUAUUAUGGAUGUUUUAUAUUCAAGCGCGUAUGGUAGUGUUUCAACAAAACGAAGAAGCAGAUUUUUCAAUUCGUCCUGAUAUAUCCAUACCUAGCUUAACUAUUGUUGCUUUUAAUGGCAUUCUUCAACCGUUUUGCAAAUAUUUUUCUAUGAUACACGAUAUAGAACAAUUUGGAAUCGACCUAUAUUCGGAACGGGAUGGUUUUUCUAAAAAACCACCUUUGACUUAUGAAGCGUAUAACGCAGCGCUUGGACAACAUUUAAUCAAUUUUAAGAAUAAAAUAAUCGAUAUUGAAAAGAAUCUCAUGAAACAAGACGACUGUUUUACGCUACUAUCUUUAUCGACACUUCUGAAAAAACAUUUGUGCAGCGUGAAAAUUCUGCAUGAUGUUCAUAAAGGAGUUAUAUCUAAUUGGAGAGAUGACUCGAAUUGGAUGUGCGCAUCAAAGUUAUUGUCGUCUUUGUAUUUUGAAAUGCAGAAAUCGCAUAAUCGAAAGAGAACAAAUAUUUGCGCCAGUCUAUAUUUAUCUAGCCUUGCCGUUUAUUUGAAUAUAAUUGAUACGUGGUUAAGCGAGGGACGAUUCGAAGACUGGAGAGAGGAAUUUAUAAUUUACAAGUUUUCGAACGAUGUAGUUUCGCAAAACAAUGAACAGUACGAAGUAUUUUCUUUGAGAUCUUUGGACGAUAUAUGUUUGGCUGAUCCGAUAAUGCAGUUUUUAAUCAAGAAAGUGCAGCAUAUGGGUCAGAGUAUCGAGUUAUUGGUAUCUUUAGAUCGCAUUACAGAUAUAUGGCAAAUUAAUAGCGGAAGUAGCGAAUUAAGAAGCUCUCUGAUGGAUGAAUUUUACGCUAAACUAGAAAUUGAACUUUCUAAAUACGGUACAGGCGAACUACAAGAAGAAUUACCGAUAUUCCAAGAGAAUGAAAUAAUCGAUGAUAAAAACGACGAAGAUGUAGAAAAGAAUAUCGUACAAGAAUUAUCUGAAUUUAAUAAUCCAUUUCUAUUGAAAGCUUUAGAAGGCUACAUUCCUCCUCAGUUAUUGGGAAAAGAUAUCUCCGAUGCUUGCUGCUCUGUCGUUAAGAGUACUAAAGUAAAUAGUAAUAAUUUAUUUAAAAGACUCGAGAAAGUAUCGAAUUAUAUUUUGCCAUAUAGAAAAAUAUUAGAAAAUAUUUUAGCGGAUAUUUUAGUUUCGCGGUAUAAUAAUGCCAGCAAGUUAGUCAAAAAUAUAAUGUCAGAAGAAUAUAAAUUGGAGUCACAUUUAACAUUGAUGAGAUCUGUUUACAUGAUGGAAGCAGGGCACAUAAUGAGUACAUUUUAUCAGAAAUUGUUCCACGAGAUCGAAACUAAUCAAAUGUGGUGCAAUCCUUACUUCUUAUCGUGUAUUCUCGAGGAAGUUCUAUCCCCAUGUUGGCCAGAUUCAAGUUCACGUUGGUCUGUUACAGUUUGUAGUACUAAUACAAAUCAAGUAUUAGUGGCUGUGGAUAAUAUAACGUUACACUAUGCAAUAGGUUGGCCUAUUAACAUUAUAUUAAACGAAAAAACUUUCGUAAAAUAUAAUGAAAUAUUUAGGUUUCAAUUAAGGCUAAAAUGGGCUUUAUGGACAUUGAACAAUUUGAGAUUCAGCGAUUUGGAAGGUUCAAAGUCAAUGCGUAAAAGAAACAAACUGGAACAAUUUCAUAUAAGACGCAUUGAAAGUUUGCGAUUUUCUUUAUUACACGCAAUUAGCUCGAUACAUACAUAUUUAUCAGGCCAAGUGCUGCAAAAUUUAAGUCUCGUAUUAGAGAAGUCGUUAAUGCAAGCCGAUAGCCUUGACGUAAUCAUAUCAGUUCAUAACGAAUAUUUGCGAAAAGUUCACGAACACUGUUUGUUAACAGCAGAGUACGACGAUCUAAUGGUGACUGUAAAUAAUCUAAUUGAAAUGUGUAGCCAUAUUCGAGCUCGAUGGAAUCAUAAAAAUUUGAUGUUUGCCAGCGAGGAGUUAGAUGUAUUAGAAAGCAGUUACGCUAAAUAUCACACGUAUCUCGCUAUGACAUUGCACAAUGCUAUACAAAAUAAGGAUGCAAAUUACUUGACUGGUUUAAGCUCAGCAUUUAACUGCAGUAUGUCGUGUGCUUAACACUAAUAAGGUUUCACACUAUAUUUUUUAAACGCAAUAAUAAACGGCAUAUCUAUAAGGAAUAACUUUGUAACAAUCAAAAUUGAUCAAAAUUCGUGUUAUAUGAAACUAGUCAUUAACAAGGAGAAUGUUGUCCUUACUAAUGCUUCGCACCCCUUUAUGUUAAAAUUCUCGCAAACUGCACUGUCUAAUAUUGUUUACAUUUAAAGUAAAUGGAUUUGUAUCGUAGAAUAAA